AUGAGCGACUCCGUAACGUGGAGCGAGAGCAAUGUCACCGCCGAGAUGCGCAGGAAGUAUGAGUUUCCCAUUCGCACCUUGUUUCGCGAAUGCCAGACCAGCCCGAUCCCUGCCCUGCCUACUGGAUCAAGGUGGAACCGUAAUCGUCGGCUCCUCCAACGGAUAUUCCCGGAAGAUCGCGACAUACCAUUUGCGCGAAUUGGGACUUUCUCAGACACGACCGAUGACGCGGAAGUCUGGUAUGUUACGGAGAAGCAGAUCGAGGAGAAGGUCAUCGACCGAGGCUUUGUUCUGCGCAAGCCCACUGUGAUCAAAUCACAUCCAGCAGGAAGGUGUGGGCGCAGUCUCGACUUGUUCUUGGAGGCAUUGCAUAAUCACUUCGCCGGUAGUAGAGUGGACGUCCAAGAUCUAAGCACGACAAAGACACGUCCCGUCUCGAUGCCCGUCGACGCAGUUAUCAAGCAAAUCAGAGAAGGGCCGGAUUUUCGCGCCGGACAACUACCCAUAAACCUGCUGAACUUGAAAUACUUUGGACAGGCACCCCCGACGCCCACGUUCCUCAACAUGCCUCGGUUUGAUGUUCUCCCAGCAAUCGGUUCACAUCUGGAGGCGGAGUUCAGCAGAGAAGCGAUCGCCGGAAAGCGUGGGCAUGCCACAGCCAGAGAAGUCGACCUGGAUCGUUGUCUAACCUUUUCGCUGUUUGCGCAGAGGGGAUCUUUUACCGGGUUCCAUGUCGAUUGCCCAGACGGAACCUGGGUGAGCAACGAGUGGGGUUUGAAGCUUUGGAUCUUUGCCAGAAACAGUGACGAAGCCGACAUGACCGAGUUCGCAGAAGAGGGCGCUGAAUGGGCUCCAAAGGAGGUUGCUGUUAUUGUAUUAGAGCCAGGUGAUACCCUGGUCAUGCCUCCGGCGGAGGUCGUACCUCACGCUGUUCUCACUCUGGAAGACUCCCACAUGGUCGGUGGCAUGUUCAUGGACGCACAUCGCAUUGUGGACUCGAUUCAGAAACUUUUCUGGAUAGCAACACACCCUACGGUUACGAACGAAGCAAUCCCUCUCCAGCUACUGAGCGGUUGGGAGCAUCUGCUUCGACGAGAUCUCGGAGCUCUUGCGGGCACAGCUAAGUUGUCAAUGUCCUGGUCCGUGUCGGAAGAAGUGUUCCUCCUGUCGAUGCUCAUCGUCCUUGGCGCAAGAUGA